AUUUUUCAGUGAGCGUCCACAGGCCGUGGUUUGAUUUUGUUUUCAUCCAUUCUGUCAGCUCCUGGACCUACAGGGUUGAAACGGUACUCUGUCAUCGCGCGUUCACGACUGGACCUGGACAUUUUUUUUCUCCUUCUAUUCUUCUCGACGUGAAGCAGGAGUUGUAUCGAGUAUUCUCCCUUUCUUUUCAUUGGCUGUUGUGCAGCACGUUGUAUUGCGUUCGAGAUCAACAAGGCCAGGCUCUUAACAACUUGGAAAUGUGUUGACAGCGUGAUUAUGUGUUGUUCUAAAUAUUGCUUUGCCAACAACCAGGUUGCUCAUAGCUAUUUCUUUAUAAAGUGAACUCUGCCUUUGAAAGAAGCAAUUCUGUAGGAUUGUUUUAUAUCGAACUCCCAAUUACAAGCGUUGACGCUUUAAGACUAUAUAAAUUAUUGAAAUCACUUUGUACUGGGUCUAGACUAGUUGAUACCCGUACUACUCUGAAGUGGAGAGAAAAUACAGCUACAGUCGUAAGCAACAUAUUGUUAAACAGGAUAAUAAAUAACAACAAUAACAGUUGUUUAUCUGUGAGUCAACGAAACAACAUUUCUGGGAGCUGGUCACGUGACAAAUCUCAUGUUCAGGAUUUAACAUCGUUCUGAGGUCGUCACCUUGCAUGCAGACUGUGUGCCACGGACUAACAUUUUCUAUUCCCCUUGUGCUGUAAACCAGGCUGGUUCAGAGAUAGCGACGGAGCUGUUAAGACGGUGAAGAGAACAAAAUACCUGAUAGAGACAGCAACUAAACAGGGACACUGUUGGUGAUUUGUCAAUAGAGUGAUAUUAUAAAGAUUUUAAAGAUGGAUGACUUCGUGAACCUGGCGUCGUUACUUCUUCUUGCUGCACUUUCUGUUUCACCGGCUACUUCCUGUGACUUCCCCAAAGUUUUGCAGAUAAAAAACGACGAUAUGCCGUGGUACAGCCACAUCCGGUCGAACGGCUCCCGCGGCACGGAGUACUACUUCCGGCACAAUGUCAUGGAGAUUCAUUACAAGGACGGCGGGAAGUCACCGCUGCGUUGGAAGUGCACGCUGACCUUCCACGACAAGCUGCUCCUGAAGCGGGAAGACCAUCUCAUCAACUCUUAUUACAAGUGCGCCAAGUUUCUCUUCCGCAGCCGCUCCGUCGUCCAAGUGUUGUGGUCGCACGAGGCCAAAGUGUUCGACUUGGCACUGUGCGACGACAAGAACCUUACGCUGGACACCUGGCCCCUGGUGCGGUUCUCAACGCUGGGCAGCGAUUACACGCCCUGCCCCUUCAGCGGAGGGUACGACAUGGAUAUCGAGGAUUCUCAGCUUGGCGAGAACGGGUGCAACAGGAUGCUGAGGCCUAUGAGGAUGGAGUCGGAGUGCCUUGGAGGAGAGGGUGUGACGUUUGACUUUCUGUCCAGCAACUGCCUCCCCGACGUUAAAAUGUUCGUUAAGCAGAAGACCACUUGCGUCACCAACUGGAAGGAUCACAAGAACCAUUACGUCAUCUUAAAACGAGAUGGCGACGAGAAUCUCUGGUGUCUCGCCAUGCCCUCGCAUCACAAGGACCCCUCUAAGGUCACAGCUUACCUCUUUGCUGAUCUCUCGUGUCGGGCAGACGCGGAUCGUUCUGUCAGCAUUCGCAAAGAGCUCAAGUUCCUGACCCUGACACUGCACAAGCGAGUAUUUCCUUCACUUUGCGAGGACGAAUACGACAAGUGUAGCCAAGUCGAGUGCAAAUCCUACCUUAAACAGGAGUGCCAGAAGUCCUGCGGAUUAUGCAGCGCCCUGUCUGCGCCAGUACAAUGCAACUAUCCGGAAAUAUUUAAAGGAACUUGGUUUCUGAAAAGCCCAGAAAGCCUCAAACGCAUAGAGAUCACUGACUCCAAUUUAUCCAUUGAAAAUGUUGGAAAUUUUCAGUGCGUCUCUUUUCCUGAUAGCCCGUCUUCUGUAUUGACUAACAUGUACACUACUGUCUCUCUUAACAGCAAUGGAUGCAGGCCGAGAUACACAUGCCUCAAACUGAGCACCCUCGGCCCGUCCGUUCUACGCUAUAGCUUAAGCCAGAGCUACGCCUGGCCAGCGCUGGAGAAGGACUUCGGCUCCAAUAUUUGCAACGAAGAUCGUUUCAUGGCGGACCCCUUGCCCAUCGACGACAUGUACCGCUCCUACGAGGGUGCGGGAAAACCCGUAGUUUCUUUGCAGCCUCCGCCCAAGCAGAUCAACUGCAACCUGACCUGGGUGCACACAGUCAGCGCCACACUCCCCGAAGGCUAUGUCUGCAUGGGGAGCAUCUUCCAGGCCUGCGAGGAUCCGACGAGGCUCCGCGUGGAGUUCAACAGCUGCUCGACUCUAGUGCCCACCACCACGGAUUACGUAUGCAUUGGGGAUUUUGAGGGCCACUACUGGGAGAGGAUACUUCUGGUUCAGAAUUUGAACGAUCCUUCGGAUACACUCUGUUUUGUGUUCAGUAAAAUUUACCCCAUUGAGGCUUACAGUUUCGUGGCGAGUCAGUGCGACAAAAAAAGCUUCAGUUUCGGGCGGAGCGGCAUUCGUAAGCCUCUCUUAAAGCUUCAGUAUCGCCACGAGCCUGAACCAUGUAAAUCAGUACCCGCGGUGCAUGAUGCUGAUUCUCAUGCUACCACAACGCCCAUGCCUUCAGAGGAGAAUUUAAGAGACGGUCACCAUUUUUAUCACGCCAAUUCUUCGGGGUCACACAACCCUUCCCCAAUCUUGGGCACCGGUUCUCAACACGGUCAACACGAGCCGGUCAAGGCUGGAGAAUACAACGACGACCCCACAACACAGAUCGACGGGGCGCCACACAGGGCUAUCCAAGACUACAGCGCCGCGACCACAACGCGAUGUGACUUUAUCCUCAUGACUCUUCUGACUUCUUCAUUAGUUCUGCUGGUUACGUGAGGGCAAGCCAUUUAAUAAACGCAUCGAUAUUACCCUCGUAAAACCCCACCCCGCUCGGACAACACCCAACACUCAUUGACGUAACACGAGUUUGCGGACUUAAUUUCCGGCCAGCUUCUUUUAAUCAACCCAGAGUUCGAUUUCGUUCACAAGCUAACUAAAAAAAAAAACCCAACUAGGUUUUUUUUUUCUCUGUAUUUCUUAUCUUUUUGUGUAUGAUAUCCAUAUUUUUGUAUUUGCAUGCCAAUUCCUUAUUUAAAUGGGAAACAACUUAAAAACAGGAAUACAUGUAAUGAAAGAUGAGAUGUUAUUCAAAGGAAUUCAUUAUGCCAUCUUUAUUAAACGUCUACAGAUUUGAUGCGCAUAGAGACGCUAGGAGUGAAUAAAUACCUUCUAAGAAUGUUAUCAGGACUAUGCUAAUCAAAGCAAGCUUUCGAAAGCAGGAUAAACUAAUACCAGAGAUAUCCAACACUCAUUUGGGACAUUCACUUGACAAGUGGCAUGUUCACAGUGAUCAAACGGAAUGGAAUUAACUAGAGUGAGUAACAUAAGUACUCACUGUGUAAAUACACUAUAAUCGGGUGUACUGUUGCGAAAUGAUGAGGCCAUUAUAUGCUGUUAAUAUGUAUCAAUACGACAUAACAUAAACAUGUGAACGUAUCGAUCGCAUGCCAACAAAAGUCAUAUGACUGAUCAGGCUGCGCAAUAAAGACGUCACGUGACAACGGGGCGGUCACGUGAUGAUUUAUACCGUGUGAUUUGUGGCUUAACUUUUGUAAGAGGGAAAAAAAACAAAGGCUUCGAUUUCUUUAUACCGUAUAUUGUACAUAGUAUUAUUAAUAUAAUAUUUAUAUAUAAUAUCAGAAUAUGCUCUGCCCUUCACUUUGUAUGUAUUUCACCCCCAGCAGCCUAAUCUGUUUGCUCAUAUGUAUAAUAUGUAUUUUUUUAAAUAAAUAUAUCAUGUACAUGAACCCACGGAGAUUCGAUUGUAUUUAAAAACUUACCUUGUUAAACGUAAGUCUUUACCAUGGUCACACUGCGGUGAUUCCAUUAGGCUGUGUUGAGCCGAGACGACCAAUAGUAGGCCUGAACACUGACCCUGUGAAGUGGCAACUUGUGGUCAGUGGAGACCGUUAGCCCGAUGCCGCGGCCACAGGGUCGGUGUCCAUGGCUAUGUGACGUUGUGUCUUGGUUAUUAUUUUUGAAUGACUUUAUUUAUUUACAUUGACUUAAAUACUUACUGUAUCGUGAUGUCACCAUGUCAUAUGAGAUGUCACACAAAUGUCACCUCUUAAAAUUGAUAUUAUUAUUUAAUCAUUGAAAAAUUGUGACCUAGUGCCGAGAGGUGUCUCUCUUACAUGGGCGGAGCUCUGGUGGUAACGAAAAAGUUCAUAGGGCGCUAUAGUCUUAUAAUACAGUCUCAGGUAGGAAUAAUAAGAGGUGGUCACUGCAGGUCAUGUGGACGUUAUGUGAGUUACAAGAGGUCAUGUGGAUAAUAUGUGGAACACAGGAGGUCAGGUGGCCAAUGUUGGGUGGCACAAAAUGUUAUGUGGUCUUUGAUUUUCUGGAAAACUAAUGUGACCCAUGGGUAUAUCGCUAGAGAUAAUGUUGUCAAUAUGUCUAUCACAUGUGGUAAUGUGGCCAAUGUGUCUAUCACAUGUGGUAAUGUGGCCGAUGUGUUUGGCCAAUGUGUCUAUCACAUGUGGUAAUGUGGCCAAUGUGUCUAUCACAUGUGGUAAUGUGGCCAAUGUAAGGUCAUGUGGUUUAUGUGGUUGACACAAGAUAUAGUGUAUUUUCGCGCAUAUACCCUCAUACGUGUAUAACCCGCACAAAUUACAAAAUAAGUAAAAACAAAAUCGUACAACCCGCAUCCUUAUACACCCCGCGACUUACCAUAAACUACUGGUACAUAAAGUACUAUCAUCAGUACUAUUUGUUUUCUGUGGGUUUAUAAUGAGAGGUUUCCAAUGUACAUUUCACAACCACACAGCCAACUAUAGGAGGUACCAGUAAAAUAAAAUUUGAAAGCCCGCACCUUUGUAUACUCCGCACAGCCACCACCCAUGCGGGGAAAACUUGUAUAACCCGCGGGUUAUGUGCGCGCCCAUACGGUGAUAAGGAGUGCACUGUGCAGAGGCUGUGUGUAGAUACCGAAAUUUAAUCACUAGCUUUGUCCAAAUAUGAAGUUAGGCCCCGAAAAUUUUCCAAAAACUGAAGAUACACCAACCUUGAUUUCCGCGAAGUUUGUUCACUAAUGUCUUCGAAGUUUUUGUCCACUGAUUUACAUGAUACUUUGUCCACUGAUUUACAUGAUGCUUUGUCCACUGAUUUCCGCGAAGCUUUGUCCACUAAUGUCGGCGAGGUUUUGUCCACUGAUAUGAAAGUUUUUCUUACGAUCACCUCUCGACACGUGAAACCGUUUUUCUUCUCAUGACUCAUCUUGCCCGGCUUGACCACCUGAUACCUCAUCCAUGCUUGGCACAAUGCUGCAGUACUUCACGAGAGAAGCUGCAUGUUGCUUUAAAUUGCUGCGUACUUUUUACGAACGGUAAAUGAUAAAAAAGAUUUUUUUUUAAGUUGAUUUUUAUUUUUAGUUUCAUUGAAAGUCAAAAAGUCAAUACCGUAAACCAAAUUACGUAUUUUCUUUGAUCUACUCGACGUUAGCGUCCUUAGCGACAGCCAAACAAAAUGGCGGCGUUACUUGACUUUUUACUAUGCUACAUUGAAACAUCCGCUACCACCAAAGCGAAAGCCACCUUAACCUGCGAUAUUUGAGGAUAUGGGAGUGUCUCUCCAAAACAGGACUCCACAGUCACGUAAAAGAGUAUUCUACGAGAUUAACUAUAGUCGUUCUACGACUGAAGAAGGCCCUAUACACUGAGACAACGCGAUUUUUUUUUUGGUUUUUGUUUUGUUUUUGUCUUUUAAAUACUAUAUUAUCAUAUAGUCUAUGCUUCAAGCCAUUAUCUCAUGCCAUGGUGACGAAUGUCAAAACGCAGAGGCCCUUAAAGAGGGUCUUUCCGCCGGCCCCCAAAUCCCUGUUUGUUUGUUUACGCCACUGUUUGUGUUGUUUGCCUGGGAUUGUUAUUUAAUAAUAUUUUGUUCAGAGGAGGUAAUUUCAUUCUAAAUGGGCAGUUUAUCAUCUCUUGGUUGAAUCAAAAUGUAGAUCUUUUUUUUUUUUUUAAAGUCGUAUUUAGGGAAAAAAAACGAAUGUAGAAAAUUAAAUUCGACCUUACAGAUCGUUGUUUUACAUAGGCGUCCCUAAAGUAAUAAUAUGAACUAGUAAAACUUUGCAGAUCUGAAUUACGAGUGUCACGUGGUUGAAGGUUAAUCUGAUUGGUGGUUGGGAGUCAGGCGCGCGGAAAGACAAACAUAUGGCGGUGAUAGUUGACAUUAUCGCUUGUUAAAAUAACUCCUUUGUGGAGACCUAUUUUCUCCUGUCGAUAUUUUAUUUAUUGUGUCCAAAUGUAAUUUCGUAUUUACGUUUGACGCUGAAACUUUAAUUUAUGUACUUUUUGUUUUUUAAAGACUUAAUACAAAUCGAAUGUUAUAUUGUUUGUAGGCUAUAUGAGUGUCAUAUGAAAUACAUUGUUACUGUAGCCAGAUGUGGCUAUUAUAAAAUACUUUCAAUAAACUUUU